AUGCUUGCAAGGCAAGAAGAGGCGGAUCUCUCUGACCGGCCAUCCACCAGAGCUUCCAAUGAUCCCCCGGACUAUACAGCCCACAUCCGUUCAAAAUCAACCGCUCAUGCUCACAGUCCCAAACGCCUCUCUGUCUUCAGUGGUCGAUCCAGGAGCAAUACCUCAACCUCUACCUCAUCCUCCCGCCGCUCGCCCGCUUCCUCUAUGACUUCUGCUGACGCUGCUUCAUUGCCCUACUCCAGUGAAGACCGAGCCAGCUCCUCGGCAGGUAUUCGGUCGGACAGGCAUGAGAGGCAUGAGAGUAUGACCAAAUCACUCUUCUCACGGGGGAGCCGUAUUCUGCGCCGUCAGGGAAGCAAGUUCAAUAUCGCUGCCACUCUCGACGAGGAGGAUGAAGUAGAACGCGAGAAGUCGCGUUUCGAGGUCUCAGAGAUCUUCAGUCGCCACCACAAGACGCGACAAAGUAAUGCCCAAGAACAUUUGAAGAGCCUGAUUUCCAAUCCCUUUGAUUUCCACCAUCUGACUCAUACGAGUCCGUCCCAAUUUCAGGCGCUGGAUAAAGCCAGAGAAAAUGACAUUGUCACCGAAUUUUCCGCCAUUCGUGCCUCUCAGAGACCGAUGACGGGACUCAAGGGCAUUCGGGCAGACGAUCUCCAUUUUCAAGGCUUCUCAUCGGAGGAUCUCACAGAUGGCGGGGCAGCUAUUGCAGAGCACCGAACUUCUCCGACUCCGACAAGCCCACCAGCUUCUCCAGGCGUUUCAUCUUCAAUCAGUCCGAAACAGCACGAUCAUCGGGCCAGAAGAGAAUCGCGCGUCUUUGAGAACUUCUCUCGACCUGUGCCGAGAUAUCCCAGGGCCGGCUCCACCACUCCGCCGCGGAGAACGAUCUCUCCUCAACUGACAGCUUCGCCAGACUUGUCUGAGCCCGCACCACGCGCCAUUGAUGAGAUUCUUGGCUUGCCCUCCCAGCCCACAUACCCUGAACACGUGUAUGGCAACACAGACGACGUGGAACAGUACUCUUCCAUGCCGCAGUUUAGGGUUGAAGGGAUAUUUUCGUUUCAACCAGAACAUGCUGUCACUACAGACGCGAGCACCGAAAGAAUAGACGCUGAGACCUCUGUCUCCCUUCCUAGCCUCAAGUCUGUGUUGGAAGAAGUACCGGAGGAGCAGGGCAUCACUCACUGGCAUGAUAGCCCCGAGGCGGAUGCCGGCACAGCAAUGCCUCCAGCCUCUUCUCAGAUAGACCCGUCAGCCGAGGUGCCAAUCCCGUCUGUUCAGCGUCGCAAGUCUCGACUAUCCAUCUGCGUUGCUGAGGAGCUCUCCAGAAAGUUCUCCGUGGCUCUCGGCUCUCCUACUCUUCCACAGUAUCGUCUGUUCCAGGAUGCCGCCGACCAAGCGGUUGGAGGGCCAAUUCGCCGGCGAUCAUCCGCUCAUCGCAAACCUGCCUAUGAAACCAUCUAUGAGUCUUGGGAUGCUGAUAUCGAUUAUUGCUACGAGCAUGCGGCGGAAUCAACGUUUGACUUUGACUGGUCAGGUAAUUCGCUGGAUGAGGCUCGUUCGGCAGAUAACGAUGACGACCCCAGAGCAGCUUGUGGGGGCCCAACAAACGAAGGCAAGGACGUCGAGCUUCUUCACCCUACACAGCUCAGCACGUCGCGUUUACCCAGUCCGGAGUUGGAUCCCAGCCCAGCCCGUUCGUUACUCAGCUCUCAAGUAGCUGUGACCCCGUCCAGCGCAGAGUAUGAGAGCGAAAUCGUCUCUACCGGCGGGGACUAUUUUCAGCCGGUCAAUUCAUCAGUCUUCCCAUCUGCUCUCGGAAAACAGAUGACGCAGGACACUCUGUACGAGGAGUACCUAGCGGCUGAUGCGGAAUCUGAUCGGCAUUUCUCCUUUUGCUCACAGGGACUAAUUCACGCUAUGGACCAUCCGGUGUCUCCCCGAAGCAGCUUUUCUCCCAUCAGCAAGUGCAACUCGCAGGAGAGCCUGAUACUUUCCCGUGCCGCGUCGAUUGUCCGCAAACAUCGUUCCUCUGUCUCGACGGGCAGUGUCCCAGAGCUGGUGCAUAGCCUGGCGAGCAGCCGGGAACUGCCAUCCAUGGAGCACUUGCCCUCUACGGAGCAGUCUGGUUACACAGCACCAUCAUCGGCAGGCCGUACGGAAGUUUCUUGCUACCACCGGCAGACCAAGAGUCUGGCACGAGAGGUUGAGACGCAGAUCAUGUCGCGAUCUGAAAAUAACUCCAGCCCCGGGCCUGCGGACCCGGCGCGGGCAAGCGGUUCGAUUCACGAUAGAGCCAAAUCAACAUCUGAGGUAGAGGUUCCAAGAACCGUCAGGACUACUAGGAGUAAUGCUUCGGCACCCCUUCCUCCCAUCCCGCUGAAGAGCCCGAACCGAAGAAAAGGCAGGACAUCAUACUCCCUUUUCCCUACCCCUGCAGCGAAUUGA